CGCACGCGGGACUGUUUGGUUGUUGGGGUUGGACUCGACCAUCGGAGACUCACUCGAGACUCGAGAGUGGUAGACACGGAGAAUCUCGGCGGGUGGGCGGUCGGCGAGGGGCUCCGCUCCCGCCGCCGGCCUUGCUCCGGCAACGAGCACACGCGCCUCCACACGAUCGCCGCCGCUGCGCCGGCCACGAUGUUUCUGUUCAUGCCUACUUUGAUCACUGAUACAGCACAGGCUGUUGCUUAUCAGAUCUGUUCUUCCUCUGUGCCACAUCCCACAUGCAGGCAAAUUGCUCUAUCCCGGUAGUUUACUGAAUGAACAGUGGCGAAUCUGGCAUUAUGCACCUUUGCAAUCGCAACAGAUUUAAGUAAAUCCAUUGGCUGUACCGCCUGUACCUUUACUAUUGCGUUCUAAUUAUGGUUUUGGGGGCUGAUUAGACGUUUAGUUUUUUUCUUAUCUUCCAAAUGGCACGGAAUGGCAUCAGAUUCAAGAAGAGCAGGACGACUUUGGUUUUUUUAAAUCCAUUUUUGAGAACACCAUUUGGUAAAGUUCGAACAGAGGGUUCAGAAAACAAACAAUACUUCUGCCGUGGUUUGGUAGUCCUUCACUUCACUGUCUGCUCGCUAUUCACCAUUCCCUUCUCUACUACUCCUGGACUGCUUUGUUCUCUCGCAGUCCACAGCUCUUCCAUCCCUCCCACUCUCCUCAGCUUAGCUAGCGGAGUAGAGACCAGACAGAUCAAUGGAGUCGGCGGCCGUGAACGCGGCGCGGUGGGUGGUUGGCAAGGCGCUGAGCCCGCUGUCGGGAGGGUUCGUGGAGGCGUGGGCGGCCAGCACGGAGCUCGGGCCAAACGUCGGCGCCAUCAAGAUGGAGCUGCUCUACGCGCAGGGGAUGCUGCACAACACCCGUGGCAGAGAAACCAGCAACCCCGCGCUGCAGCAGCUGCUCCUGGAGCUCCGUGGCCUCGCCUAUGAUGCCGACGACGUGCUCGACGAGCUCGACUACUUCCGCAUCCAGGACGAGCUCGAUGGCACCUACGAGGCCGCCGAUGAGCAUGCCAGCGGCUGUCUCCUUGGCCUUGUGCUCAACGCUCACCACACUGCCAGAAACAUCAAGAGAAGGUACCUCUCUGCCUCUUGCUCGUGCGGUGGUGACGAGGAAGCGAGUCGCCACGCCAACGAAGAGGAGGCUGUUGCUGGCAGCGGCUGCAUGCGCAUCCUCGCUUGCAGUGCUCAGAGCACCAUCCAUCUCGUUGGUAAACACCUUCCAUGCUUCCCUUUUGCACCUGGUCUUGACAAUUGUGAUGACUCCGGUGCCUUGCACAUAUCUACCAUGAAAACACCAAAGCUGAAGUUCGAUAGGGUGGAUCUGUCCACAAGAAUGAAGCACAUCGUCGAACAAUUGAAGCCCGUAUGUGCCAAAGUCUCUACAAUCCUUAAUCUAGAGCUGUUGGAAUCAUGCAUUGCCAUCAGUAUCAAUGCUGAAUUUUCAAGGAAACCAGGGCAAACGCUAGUUCAUCCAAGCAACGUUGCUAUGAAUCGUCCUGUAACUACUUCAGGGAUUAUAGACCCUGAAUUUUAUGGGAGGAAGGGUGAUAGAAGUAGAAUUAUUGAGGACAUUACUCGGGGUGAUUACUGUGACAAGGAUUUGACCGUCAUUCCAAUUGUUGGUCCAGGGGGAAUAGGGAAGACAACUCUCACUCAGCACAUAUACAAGGAAGUACAUAACCAUUUUGAUGUUAAGGUUUGGGUAUGCGUCUCUCUCAAUUUCAAUCUGUAUAGAUUGAAAGAAGAGAUCUCAAAGUGGAUACCUAAACUCAAGGAUGAUGAGAAAUAUGUCGACAUGGAUGAUUCAAUUGAGCAAAGAUUGAAAUCUAAGAAGCUUCUUCUUGUCUUGGAUGAUAUGUGGAAGUGUGAUAAUGAGGAUGAGUGGAAAAAGUUCUUAGCUCCCCUCAGAAAAGCAAUGACAAAGGGAAACAUAAUUCUAGUCACCACUCGAUUUCCAGUGGUUGCAGAAAUGGUGAAAACAUUUGAUCGACCAAUACAAUUGGAAGGGCUAGAACCUGAAGAGUUCUGGGAAUUAUUCCAAGCAUGUGUUUUUGGUGAUGACAAAUCAAUAGAUGAUCAUGCUAACUUACUUGAGACAGGAGAAAAGAUAGUGAAAAAACUUAAGGGCUCUCCUUUGGCAGCAAAAACGGUGGGUAGAUUGCUGAGAAAUCACCUUGAUUUGGAUGAUUGGAUGAGGGUCCUAGAAAGUAAGGAAUGGGAAUCACAAACUAGUGAAAAUGAUAUUAUGCCAGCUUUGAAGCUUAGCUAUGACUAUCUAUCUUUCCAUCUACAACAAUGUUUCACAUAUUGUGCUUUGUUCCCUGAAGAUUACAAGUUUGAUAGUGAGGAGAUGAUUCACUUGUGGAUAGGGCAAGGCAUUUUACAUUCCCAGGAUGAAAACAAAACAAUUGAAGAUAUUGGGUUGAGAUAUUUGAAUGAUUUGGUUAAUUAUGGAUUUUUCAUAAAAGAUGUGAAUGAAGAUGGGUCACCUUACUACACUAUGCAUGACCUACUACAUGAGUUAGCAUUGAAGGUUUCAUCAUAUGAAUAUCUUUCUAUAAGUAAUACUAAAGUAAUGUCUAUGCAAAUUCCGCCAUCUAUACGGCACUUAUCUAUUGUGAUAGAUGACAUGGACGUAAACGACAGAGCAACUUUUGAAAAUAUUAAGAAGGAUUUUGGCACACUAAGUAAGAGGCUUGAUGUCGAAAAGCUACACUCUCUAAUGAUAUUUGGAAAAAACAAUGGAAGCUUUGUCAUUCCUUUUGGUAAUUUGUUAAGUAAAGCAAAAGCCCUCCGUGUCAUCUUGUUGUCUGUAGCAUCUUAUGCUGUGGAGAAUAUGUUGCACAACUUUUCAAAUCUUGUUCAUCUUCGUUACUUAAGGAUUAAUAAGGGAUAUUUUCCUGAACUAAGUCUGUCCAACAUUAUUUCAAGAUUUUAUCACCUGAGGAUCCUUGAUGUGAGACAAUGCAGUGGUCACUUUGGUUUACCAAGAGAUAUGAAUCACCUUGUAAGGAUGCGGCAUUUUCUUGUCCCAAAUGAUAAUCUUCACUCUGAAAUUGCUAGUGUGGGAAAGCUAAAAUGUUUACAAGAGUUAAGGAGAUUUGAAGUUCAAAGACAAGUUGAGGCAUUUGCACUAAGACAGCUGGGGCAGUUGGAAGACCUAAAAGGGUCAUUGGGCAUCUAUAAUCUUGAAAAUGCGCAGGCACCAGAGGAAGCAGAACUUUCAAACAAAAGUCGCUUACACAAGUUGAUAUUAGAUUGUGAUAUUAAACGUUUGACAAAGGAUUCUUUACAAGAAGAGCAUAUCCUUGAAAGUCUUAAACCACAUAGCAAUCUUCGGGAGCUACACAUUAAUGGGCGUGGGGGCACUACUUGCCCUUCAUGGUUGGGUGUUAACUUGUCCAUCAAAGGCUUGCAAACUCUUCGUCUUGAUGGUGUAGACUGGAACAAAUUUCCUCCUCUAGGGAAGUUGUUGUUGAUUAAUGAGCAUGGUGAAGAAUCCCUGGUUUGUACAACAGAGAGGAGCUUUCCGAAUUUAAAAAGGUUAGAGCUUGUUGGCAUACAGAGACUAGCAAAAUGGGUUGGAAAUGAUUCUUGCUUUGUGUUCUCUCUGCUAAAGGUGCUCAUCAUAAGAGAUUGUCCAGAACUCACGGAGUUGCCAUUUUCACAUUCCACAUGCCCUCGAUCGGAGCAAGAGAUGAACUUGACCCAACUCCGUACACUAAAGGAGCUUGAGAUUGUUAAUUGUCCAAAGCUGUCAUCAUUCCCUCCCAUUCCUUGGAGAGGCUCUCCAUGCCGUGCGCUGAUUGAAGGAGUUGGAUUGGAUUUUCAGCAGUUGGAUUACUCAAAAAAUAAGCAAUAUGAAUUAUGCAUGCUAGUCAAGGGAAAGGAUGAACAUCUAGAUGGUGCAUUCUGGAGGAGAUUGGUUUUUGGUAAUCUAACUGAUCUGAAAGAGUUGGAUUUGAAGAAAUGCCCUCCUUUGCCGCUGGAAUACCUCCUAAUGCUAUCAUGUUUGAGGAGACUCACUAUAUCUGACUCAAGCAAUGUCAUGUCACAUCUUGAAUCUGAGAACACUGUCAGCUACCAGUUUCCAAUCGAGAAAUUGGAGAUCUUUGAGUGUGGUUGUAGCGGGAAGGAAUUGACGUUGUUUCUAUCUCAUUUCCCCAAACUCUCCAUGUUUAUUUCAAGGAGAUGUAAUAAGAUAAGAGGGCUUGGUGUGCUGGGGAAGCAGAUGACAACAAUGUUGGCAUCGUCAUCAUCACCUUGUGGUAAUAAGUUGGAGGAUGCUCGUUUCGGACUGGAGCAGCAACAACCAAGAGGAGAGGAUGAGAAAGUGUCAGCUGAAGCAGGACUAUUGCUCUUGCCUCACCAACUUCAGGAGUUGAACAUCAGCGAAAUCCCAGAGCUGAUCCUGCAGAUCCAUUCUCUUGUAGAUGGCAUGGAAGGAGGCUUAAGAGGCAUAGGAGGAGGAUUACAAGGCCUGCACUCCCUACGAGCAUUCUCUAUUUGGGGUUGCCCCACUUUCCUCUCCUCCUACUACUCGACCUCCUUGUCUUGUUUCCCGUUUCCAUCCUCCCUUCAAAAGAUGUAUCUGAGUGAUGUGAGAGGCAUGGAGACUCUUGCUCCCCUCUCAAACCUCAGCUCUCUCACCAGAUUAACCAUAUGGAAAUGUAUGGACUUAAGUGGUGAGGGCUUGUCUUCUCUGCUCGACCAUGGCCAACUCACAGACCUUCGCAUCCAAAUGACCCCCAAAUUCUUCGUCAGGUCUGACCCCUCGCGGCUGCAGCAGCUUCAAACGGAUGACAUUGCAAGGGUCCUUGCACCACCAAUCUGCAGCCUCAUUUCUUCAUCACUCACCAAGCUAACCAUUGGUUUUAAUCAUGAGGUGGAGCGCAUCACCAAGGAGCAGAGUGAGGCCCUUCUGCUCCUCUCCUCCCUCCAGGACCUCGAGUUUUACUCCUGCCGGAAGCUGCAGUCCCUCCCCACUGGGUUACACAGACUCGUCGGCCUCAAGAUAUUAGAGAUCGACUGGUGUCCAGCCAUCUGUUCACUGCCCAAGGGUGGCCUUCCGAGUUCAUUGCAAGAACUAGAUGUCUGUCGUUGUGAGAACGAGGAGCUCAAAAGGCAGUGCCGCAAGCUAAGAGGAACAAUUCCGAUCAUCAAAGAUAGAGAGUACUAAUCCAAGCAGGAGUGAUUUAACUAAUCUCAACAGUUUCAGAAGUACUAUGGCAUCCUUAGCUGGAUAGUUUGCUCCUGCAUUAACUUUCUUUUUUUCAUUAGGUGUAGCCUGCAAGUCCCUAACGAAGGAGUCAAGGAGGCUGCUGGUUACAAGGGACAUUUUCUACACCCUGUCUGACUGGCCAGAAGGGGAUACGGCAAAUGUUCAAAGAAAAAAAAUCAGAUGAUGGCUGCAGAUAUCAUAUCACUCUUCUCUAUCUCUCUUUGUAAAAUGGCCUGUUCUCUGGCUUUCUUUUUUCUCUUCUUUUUUAACUUAUAUAGGAGUAUAUGCUUUAGGAGUUCAGGGAAAAAAGAAGGCAUCCUUUUGCCACUAAACCAGACAGAGUACUGAUUUUGGGGACAGAUGUUUUAUUGUUGCAGAUUACUACCAUUUCUCUAUCGAACUUCUCCCAUAGUUGCAUCGACAUGCCUGUAAAAUUAUUCGCAGACAAAGCUGCAGGGCGGCGUCAUCAAGCAAGUUGAAAUGUGCAAUCUGUAACCAUCUACACGCACGUCAUUCAGACAGUGCAAUGUCGGAAAGGGUUGUGAUGCAUCA